AGAAAACUACUAUUCUUUAAAAUAAUAAAGAAAUAAAGGAGAAUAUCAGUUGAUGGGAUUCCAAUGUUAAAAAAUCAUAUUUAUAGGAAUAGAAGUGUAAGAAGUAGAUUAUAAAAUCUAAGAGCCAUUAUAAAGGAUAAAUAUUUUUGUAAAACUAUUAAUAUAUAGAAAAUAUGUCGAAAGAUAUACCAAUUUCUAAAGAAAAACAAUUUUCAGUACCAUUUUCUGUUAAAAAUUAUUCUACAAAUUCAGGCACAGUUCCAGUAGCAGCAGUUGCGGAAUUACAUAAUGCACUUGAAUCAGAGCAAGAAGCGAUUACAAAUAACUUACUUAAACGUUUAGAACAACUUAAAUAUGACAAAAUUCGCAUUGAAUCAGAACUUGAAAUUGAAAGCGAAAAUAUUAUGAACAAAUUAACACGUGAAUUAAAUCAAUUACGUACCUCACAAAAUCACUCUUCAGGGCCUUUAAGUUCCCCAAAACAAUCACCUAUUACUUUUUCAGUAAAUACCCUUAAUUCUCCAACUCGCUAUGUGCUUCCAAAAAGAGAUACUAUACCUACUUCACUAGUUCAAUCUUCUUUAUCUUCUCGCUUGACAAAUGAAAUCAUGCAUAAUUCAAAUACUAUUGAGACACUUAAGACGGAAAAUAAUACAUUAAAAACCCAGCUUAAAACAUUAAAUGCAGAAUAUACCAAUCUUAAAUCAGAAAGAGACCACCUUAAAAAGAAAUUAGAUGAAAUAUGCCAAACUUAUAAUAUUUCUAUAGACGAUGUCUUAUCAACUUAA